CCUCUCAUCAACAAUCAUCAUCACUAUAGGGUUAUAUAUAGUUAUGCUCUCCCCCAAACUAUCAAUUUUUCAUGAAAUUGAGUACUAGUAUCGGAUGUAUAUCCUUGGUACCAUCUAUCCCUAAAAAAAAAAUUCAUGUAAGAACUUGUAAUCCUAGAAUUCUUUUGUAGAGCAAAGCUAGCCAAGUAUCCAAUUAGACAGAAUACUGUCUGUAUGUAUGUAUAAGGGAAAUGUAUGCAAUGCAUAAGGAGUUAGUUGGGAAGAGUGUGCAGACUUCCACACUGAGAAAAAAGAAUUAUAUCUAACAGUCAACUCCUACCAGCCUCCCUUUUGAAAAUCUCUCUCUCUCUCUCUCUCUCUCUCUCUCUCUCUCUCUCUCUCUCUCUCUCUCUCAGUUUUCAUAUAAUUUUGUUUUUUGUACCCUUGUCCUUAACUCCUCUCUCUCUCUCUCUCUUUCUCAAGUCUCAAAACCAGGCCCACCUGAAAAAAAAAAAGCCAUUGUUGCUACCUUCCUCCUCUCCUCCCCUCUUCAUCUAGCUCCUUUCUGUUUUUGCUUUCCUUUCUUCUCUUCUCGAUCGCCAUAAUAAAUUUCUCAUUUAUGGUGAUUUAUUAUCAUCAUUAUGAGCAGAUUAUAGAGAGAGAGAUAGCAAGGGUUGUGUAUAUAAAUAUAUAACAUUACAUACGAGACCAGAGGCUUCUAACUUGGCAUGGGAUUGAUAGACAGAUUGACAAAUUGACAUGAUAUGAUAUGAUGUCUAAUAACAAUAAUGAGAAUCAAGUAUCUGCCUCCAACGUCUCUUCUCGUACCAAAGACGACCUCUUCGCCUCCCCAGCUCUCUCCCUCAGCCUAGCUGGGAUAUUUCGACGGGGAUAUGCGGCGGCGGCGGUAGGAGGAGGAGGAGGAGGGAGCGCGGAGGUGGAGGAUGGGGAGGAAGGGAGCGGCGGCGGGGGAGGGAGGAAGAGGAGAGAGGAGACGGUGGAGAUAAGUAGUGAGAACUCCGGGGCGGUGGUGAUGAUGAGGUCUUAUUCGUGCAGGUCGACGGCCGGGGAUGGUGAGUUUGAGAUGGUAGGGGAGCAUGAUGACGAGAACGACGACGAGGAGGAGGACGAUGAUGACGACGACGAGGGAAAUGCGAAGGGCGGCGAGAGGGGCGGCGGUGGGGAGAAGAUGAUGAUGAAGAGCAAGAAGAAGAGGAAGAAGUACCACCGCCAUACUCCUGAACAGAUCAGAGAAAUGGAAGCGCUGUUCAAAGAAUCACCACACCCGGACGAGAAGCAGAGGCAGCAGCUGAGCAAGCAACUGGGGCUGGCCCCGCGGCAGGUCAAGUUCUGGUUCCAGAACCGCCGCACCCAAAUCAAGACCAUCCAAGAGCGCCACGAGAACUCCUUGCUCAAGUCCCACAUCGACAAGCUCCGCGACGAGAACAAGGCCCUCAGGGAAACCAUCGCCUCCGCCGCCUCCUGCUGCUGCCUCAACUCCGACCUCCCUCUCGCCUCCUCCGACCAACAACAACAUCUCCGCAUCGAGAACGUCAAGCUCAGAGCCGAGGUGGAGAAGCUUCGAGUUCUAGUGGAGAAACACGCACCACCAGGCGGCUACGGAGAAGCAGCUGCAGGGACAAAUGCUACUACUGCAGCCACGAGCUCGUGUUCGGGUGGAAGCAGCGACCGCCACAAUCAGCAAGACCAUAAUAACAACAAGAGCAGGGGCUCCGCCGCCACCACGACGACGUCCCUGGAUUUCUACUCGGGCGUUUUCGGGCUGGAGAAGGCGAGGGUGCUGGACGUGGCCAACCAGGCCAUGGACGAGCUCAAGAAGAUGGCUGCAGCCAACGACCCACUCUGGGUUCGGAGCAUCGAGACCGGUCGCGAGAUCUUGAACUACGAUGAGUACCUCAAGGAGUUUGGUGGUGGAAGAGGCAGGGCGGCCGUCGUCGAGGCUUCGAGGAGCAGCGUGGUUGUGUUUCUGGAGAUUCAGCGGUUGCUUCAGAGCUUCAUGGAUGUGAAUCAAUGGAAAGAGAUGUUUGCAUGCAUGGUAGCAAAGGCGGCGACUGUUGAUGUCAUCUGCAAUGGAGAUGGCCCCAACAGAAAUGGGGGAAUCCAACUGAUGUUUGCAGAGCUCCAGAUGCUGACACCAAUGGUCCCAACUCGGGAAGUCUACUUCGUGCGCUACUGCAAGCAGCUUGGCCCGGACGAGUGGGGGAUUGUCGACGUCUCGAUCGACAAAGUCGAACAAAACAUCGAUGCUUCGCUCGUCAAGUGCAGGAAGCGCCCCUCUGGAUGCAUUAUUCACGAUCAAUCUAAUGGACAUUGCAAGGUUGUCUGGGUAGAGCAUCUUGAAUGCCAGAGAACAGCAGCAGUUCAUUCUUCCAUCUAUAGGACCAUUGUGAAUUCUGGGCUAGCCUUCGGUGCAAAGCAUUGGGCGGCCACCCUGCAGCUUCAAUGCGAAAGGAUAGUUUUCUUCAUGGCCACAAAUGUUCCUACCAAAGACUCGACUGGUGUUGCGACAUUUGCUGGGCGGAAAAGCAUACUGAGACUGGCGCAGAGGAUGACGUGGACCUUCUGCCAUGCAGUAGGAGCGUCGAGCUACCACACGUGGAACAAGGUCUCUGCCAAGACAGGAGAGGACAUUAGGGUGUCCUCCAGGAAGAACUUGAAUGACCCUGGCGAGCCAUUUGGGGUGAUCUUGUGUGCAGCGUCUUCGGUUUGGUUACCGGUCUCUCCUCAUGUGUUGUUCGAUUUCUUACGUGACGAAGCCAGGAGAAAUGAGUGGGAUAUCAUGUCAAAUGGGGGUCCGGUGCAAUCCAUUGCCAACUUAGCCAAAGGACAAGACAGAGGGAAUGCAGUAACUAUCCAGAUGACAAAAGCGAAUGAGACCACCACAUGGAUACUCCAAGAUAGCUCUACAAAUGGCUAUGAAUCCACCAUAGUAUAUGCUCAAGUUGACAUUCCCGGCAUGCAAUCCGUGAUUACUGGAUGUGAUUCAAGCAACAUAACUAUAUUACCUUCUGGAUUCUCCAUACUCCCAGAUGGAAUCGACUCGAGGCCACAGGUGAUCACUUCAAUGGAAGACAAGGGAUCAGACGGAGGAUCUUUGCUCACUAUUGCCUUCCAAAUCCUGACAAGUACAUCUCCUACGGCCAAGCUUUCAGUGGAAUCCGUGGAGUCGGUUAAUGCGCUCAUAUCCUGCACAUUAAGGAACAUCAAGACGAGCUUGGAAUGUGAAUAAAGUUGAGUACUUUAGUUACUAGGUGGUAUGAUCAGUACAGAGAAAUCGAAUAUAGGAGUUCAGGGGAUUUACCACCUUAGUAGUGAAGCAGCAAAUACCAAGGGGUUGUGGUUGUCUAGGGGAGGCUGUACACAGAAAUACUAUAAACAAUGAAUCUGUUUAACCCAAUUGGUAAACCAAAAAAGAGACAGUAUAACUUAUGAUUGAUAUAUGAUCAAUGUAUACCUUGAGCAGUGACAGAAUUUACCAAAUUUCCACAUUGACAAGUGAAUGUCCUCAGUUUUACCUACUGAGUUGAACUGUGAUUUCGAGAAAGAAAUCAAUAUCAGUUACAAUG